UUCGAUUGGUUUCUGCCAUGUGACGUCGGUAUGUGGGCGUGAGCGUUAUGAACAUCAACAAAAGAGAGAAAGAAGAGAAAGGAGAGAGAAGACGAGAAGAAGAGGACUAAGGUUAUAGGUUACAUCAGAAGACAACAGAUAUGUGGAUUUAACCAGCUAUAACAGUGAAAAAACAAGAUCACUUCCUCCAGUGCCAGACAAGACAUGGACGCCUUCAAACUGAUGAAGGAACUGAGGGUGAAUUAUGAGCAGGAGGCUCAUUUUCUCCCUAAAGAGACGGGGCUGAGCCUCAUUGAGUCCACAACAGAGGAUGACAAUCGGAUCUCGGCCAAGUGCAGAGAUGCCAAAGUGGAGGAUCUGUGGAGUCUGACCAGCUUCUUCGGUUACAGCACGCAGACCUUUGUCCUGGCUGUUAACCUGUUGGACAGAUUCCUGGCCAUGAUUAGGAUCCAGCCGAAGCACCUGUCCUGCGUCAGCGUCAGCUGCCUCCACAUGGCGGCCAAAGUGACGGAGGAGGAGUGCAACCUGGCGCCCACUGAUGAUCUCAUCCGCAUCGGACAGUGCAGGUUCACUGUGUCCGACCUCUGCCGCAUGGAGAAGAUUGUUGCAGAGAAGCUCGACUUCAAGUCCAAAGCCAUCACUGCCUUAACGUUUCUCCACUUGUACCACCAGAUCACACUUUCCCACUCCACAGACAGGAAGGAGAAACUGAGCCUGGAGAAGCUGGAAGCUCAACUUAAAGCCUGCCUGUGCCGGAUCUCCUUCUCUAAAGCAAAGCCGUCCGUCCUAGCCUUGUCUCUCUUGAGGCAGGAGAUCAAAGACAUCCAGUCGGAGGACAUGUGGGAAAUAGCCUAUCACAUCCAGAGACACCUAAAGAUUACGGACGGCGAGCUGCUGCUAUGGAGCGAGCGUGUGGCCCGGUGCCUGUCGGACUAUGCCUCCCCUGAAUGCAGCAAACCCAAUCACAAGAAGCUGCAGUGGAUCGUGUCGCGGCGGACUGCCCAGAACCUGCACAGCUACCGCGUCGUCCCUGAGUUGCCCACCAUUCCAGAGGGCUGCUGGGAUGAGAGUGAGAGUGAGGACUCAUGUGAGGACAUGAUGAGUUCCGGUGAGGAGUCUCUCAGCAGCUCCCUGGGCAGUGACGCUGAAGGGCCCUUCUUUCCUCUCCACCUCCGCCGCCAAAAACAUCGCCAACCACUCCACGCCUGACGCCUCCCUGUGCUUUACUGCUUGCCCCCUUUCUAACUUCUUUACCUAAAGUCUUUAAUUUAUUUAAUAAUCUCCGGUGUUGGUGGAGAAUCGCACAACAACUGGCAGCUGAGCAGUCCAGACUCUUCCUGGUAGAUUUGGUAGAUUUUAGUUAGUGGAUGUGUCGGUGCAUGUUAAGAUUUCACAUUCCAGAGUGCAAGAUUUAUGCUUAGUUAGAUACACUUUGGUCGAUGUGAUGCAGUGUCUGGUCUUUAAGGUGCUGAGCUACAAUGAGACACUGCAGUCCAAUUCUCAGUUCAUACCAGAAAAGGUUCACGUUCAACAAGAUAUUUUGCCAAAACAUGGUAUUUAUUUUAUAGAAUUUCUUUGUGUGACUGUUAUUAAUCUAAGACCGCUUUUAUUAAGGUUAAGGAGGUGUGAUCUUGAUGUACAGAAGCUGAGAGUGGUCAAAACUUAAAUGUUCAAGUUGUAAAAGACCUUACGUAA